CGGGCGCCGCCGCGGGAGGUUCUGGAAGCGCCGGGAGCCGCGCGUGUUCAGCUGCGCAGACCUGCGGUAACUAGUUAACUAAUUCGCCAGACGGACCCUUCUCUGUGUCAGAAACUGCAAGGAGUUGUAGCCCAGUGAGGCAGACGGAUUGAAGAGGAAAGUCCAGGUCCAGAACAGUGUGACACUGCUCUCUGUGACCAUGAAAGGCUGGGUGCCCACAUUGCUGGUGGCCUGGUUUGGUGUCCUGGGCUGUGUGCAGGCUGAAUUCUUCACUUCUAUUGGGCAUAUGACUGACUUAAUUUAUGCAGAGAAGGACCUGGUGCAGUCUCUGAAGCAGUAUAUCCUUGUGGAGGAAGCCAAGCUCUCCAAGAUUAAGAGCUGGGCCAACAAAAUGGAAGCCUUGACCAGCAAGUCAGCUGCUGACCCUGAAGGUUACCUGGCCCACCCCGUGAAUGCCUAUAAACUGGUGAAGCGACUGAACACAGACUGGCCUGCACUGGAGGACCUUGUCCUUCAGGACUCGGCUGCAGGUUUUAUUGCCAACCUCUCUGUGCAGCGGCAGUUCUUCCCUACUGAUGAGGAUGAAAUGGGAGCUGCCAAGGCCCUGAUGAGACUUCAGGACACGUACAAGCUGGACCCAGACACGAUUUCCAAAGGACAACUUCCAGGAACCAAGUACCAGGCCAUGCUGAGUGUGGAUGACUGCUUUGGGAUGGGCCGCUCGGCCUACAAUGAAGGCGACUAUUACCACACAGUCCUGUGGAUGGAACAGGUGCUGAAGCAGCUCGAUGCUGGCGAGGAGGCCACCACAGCCAAGGCCGAUGUGCUGGACUACCUGAGCUAUGCUGUCUUCCAGCUGGGUGACCUGCACCGUGCCCUGGAGCUCACCCGCCGCCUGCUUUCUCUUGACCCGAGCCACGAACGAGCUGGAGGAAAUCUGCGGUACUUUGAACGGUUGUUGGAGGAAGAAAGAGAAAAAAUGUUAUUGAAUCAGACAGAAGCUGGGCUAGCCACGCAGGAAAGCAUCUAUGAGAGGCCUGUGGACUACCUGCCUGAGAGGGACAUCUAUGAGAGCCUCUGUCGUGGGGAGGGUGUCAAACUGACUCCCCGGAGGCAGAAGAGGCUUUUCUGUAGGUACCACCAUGGCAACAGGACACCACAGCUCCUCAUCGCCCCCUUCAAAGAGGAGGAUGAGUGGGACAGUCCACACAUCGUCAGGUACUACGAUGUCAUGUCUGACGAGGAAAUCGAGAGGAUUAAGGAGAUCGCGAAACCCAAACUUGCACGAGCCACUGUACGUGAUCCCAAGACAGGCGUCCUCACUGUUGCCAGCUACAGGGUUUCCAAAAGCUCAUGGCUGGAGGAGGAUGAUGACCCUGUCGUGGCUCGAGUGAAUCUCCGGAUGCAGCACAUCACGGGGCUCACCGUAAAGACUGCAGAACUGCUGCAGGUUGCUAAUUAUGGAAUGGGAGGACAAUACGAGCCACAUUUUGACUUCUCUAGGAAAAAUGAGCAAGAUGCUUUCAAGCGUUUAGGGACGGGGAAUCGUGUGGCCACGUUCUUAAACUACGUGAGUAUGAUGCAUGCAGCAAAUGGGCCCUCGGGGAAUCUGGGUCCAGAGUGCUAUCUCAUAUCCACUCUUGUCAGGGCUGAUAUCACCAGCUGCCGCUCAGUGGCUGGGCCCUUUUGGCCCUCAGCACUCUUCUUGGCUGGAGGAGAGAUUUGGUCUGUGUUCCCAUCUCUGUGCUCACCCACAUCCCUGACGUUCAUAUCUCUGGCUCUUUUUGAUGGGCCCAGUGCUAGUCAGGACUUUUGGGGUGAGUGCUCUGGAGAGUUCCAUCCUUGGCAGCAGAGUGAGGAGGCUGCCAUGAGGCCCUCCUAAAUGAAAGCUGCCUUUGUUUCUCCAGAGCUCAGUGGCCUGCCUCCCAUCUGUUGCCUUUGCUCCAGCCACAGGCCGUCAGGUUUACCUCUCACACGAGGAGCAGUUUGCUUUCCCCUCUGCUUAGAGAGCCUGCUCUAAAGAGGCAUACAGACUGUCAAGUAACUUAGAGAUGGAAUCCUGUGGCCAUCUUUUCCUUUGAUGUCUCAUUUAUGUUUUUGUGUAUAGUUAUUAUGUUCUGGGGCUGGCCAUGAACGUGCUAGUGAGCAGGACAAGUGGAGUCUCUUGUGGGCUUUAUGGUCUAACAUGAGAGACUUGCUUUAACCACAGGAGAGGUAAUUUAUUUAGUUACUGUGGGGACAAGUACCUUGAAAAAGUGGCUCAGGGUUGAGGUUCAGAGAAGGCCUCCCUGUGGAGUAAUGUGUCAGUGGAGACUUGCAGGUUGAGUGGAAAUUAGUUGGUGGAACAUGGUUUCUGGCGGAGGGGAGAAUGUGUGGAGACCUGGAAAAGGGAAGGGGCUGGGGAUGGUGGAAAAAGGGAAGAAGACUGGUGUGACUCAGAGGCAGCGCUUGAGGCGAGAGUGGCUGGGGCGAGAGAAUGGCUGCUGAGACAGACAGGGCCUUUGGGUUCUAGAAAAGAGCCUGGAUUUGAUCCCUAAGCCUGUGGGAAGCCAUCAAAGGUUUUCUUCUUACUCAUUUACCAUAUGUCUGUUGAGUGCUUUUUAGUCUGUCUGGCAUGCAUCCUGUGGAAAUAUUUUUAAAACUCCAUGUUUUAUUACAUCGUAGACAAAAAACUUGAAGUGAGACAGCCAGAUGAGAGCGAAGUGGUGCCUUGGGCAGGAGUUGAGGCCCGUUUUGUGGUCCUAAGUGUAGCCUCCCUACCGUGGUGCUUGUGUUCCAUGUAGUUGGAAGCCUCCCUGGGAGAAAGCAGGGCCUGUGGAACCAUACCCUGUGUGCUCACCGCGCUGGCCCUGGGGGAGGGCUGCCGUUCUGGGAAGGUGAGGGUGGUGCUAGAACUGAGAAACAGAGCCCGCACAGGGGGCUAGAUAGAUGGUGUUGGGAGCAGCAGGGAGCUUUGAGUUAGGGCAGUUCCCAGAGCACAGUGCCCAAGGUGUGGCCCAGGCUGGAUGGUGAUGCGAGAGCGGGGGGUCCGUCAGGCAUUUUCCAUGUACAGACUUGGAUUGUUCCCAUCCGAGGACAGCCAGGGUUUGGGUCUCCUACAGGGCUACCACUCUCAAGUGCCCCUGGCAUAGGACUAUCCUGAUGAACCACACAGAUGAAGCAGGGUUUAGGGAGGGGUAAUGCAUUGGAUG